AUGGCAGACCUGACACAAGCACGCUCUCAAACUGAUCUGCCGGCACCAGAAGACCAUCGGACUCAGCGCUCCCAUCUUCCUCGCCGUCUUCACGCGCAUAGCUUCCGGUCCAAGGGCCAGUGGGGAUCCGGUCACCACCUGCUCGGCCAGAGCGUGAAGAGCUCCGUGCAAUCCGCCGUCGAGCUGAAGCCAGCGAUCAACUUUGAGCAUCUACGUCGGAAAGAGCACAAGAGCGCAACAAAUGCCAGAGGUGCUGCCACCCCAUUGCAAGCAUGGAGCGAAGGCCCGAGUGCACCCGCAACAGCCGCCGCAGAAGCGCCAACGCGAACAGCAGAUGUCGCCAAGGCGAAACGACACAAUGUGAAGAGAGAGGAGACCCUGCGCGCGGAUCUCAAGAAGGUCGAGGAGAUUGGCCGGGACAGUACAAGACAGCUGGACGAGACAUACUAUGGCAUUCUGGAAAAGGCGUCUCUCCUGCGAUCCACCGUCGCAGGCUUGCAGCUGCUGGCACAAGAAAGCAAAGAGAUGCACACUGCUUUCAACGACAGCGUGGGCAAACUGGAAAGCGACACAGCGCAGACCAUCCAGGGCUUCGACAACUUUGACCCGCAGGAAAAGACGAUCAACGACCUCGUGCGCAGCAUCGAGCAGUCCAAAUCCACGACUGAAGCCUUGAACAGCCGGCUUGAGUCCGCGAGAUUGCGCGUGGAGGCUUACGAGAAGCGGGACAACGCAAAGCAGGCGAAGCGUAAAAUCCGCUUACGAAUGACGUGGAUCACGAUACUGGGUCUUACGGUGCUCGCCAUUGCAAUAUUGAUCGCCAGGGAUCGAAAACGAGUGGGCCAUGUGGUGGAGCGGCAGCUGCUACGGAUAGGAGACCUGGUGGACGAUGUGGCCGCGCCCAUUCGACUGAAGCCGUCGCCGAGUGAAGAUCCCCGCCUACAACGACUGUUUGAUGAGAUCUGA